AUGCCUUCCUCUGAGCAGUCAGUUGACACUAUCACACAAUAUUUCCUUCAAUACUGUCCAGAUCAGAACUCUGGUCCCAUGGCCACGUCCCAAGGCACCCAUUCAGUGCAAAUAGCAGUCCCAGGCACCACAAUGGAUUUGACAAAAACAGUAACUGUGACAGAGCCUCCUUCCACCCCCCCAGUCCCCCUUACUCUACAGUCUAUUCCCGGUCCUUCUGCCUUUGGGAAAUGCUCCGCUUCCCAUGCCGGAUUCACCAAGCUGCCAGAAGGGAAGAGGGUGAGAAUUGUGGAUCUAACCAUGGAUGACGAGAUCAAAGUUGAAGUCAGCCCUGUUGAUUUUGCCUUCGAUGCUCAGCCUGCUGACUCCUCAUCUUGGCACAAUAAAGCCAAGUCAUUUGAGGAAGAAUUGAUCAGCGAGAUGCACCUGAUCAUCAUUCUCAGACGUCAGAUGGAUGUGUUGAAGAAGGAGAAUCAAUGUUUACACAAAGCACUGGAACAUCAGGGUGGGGACAGUUCUGACCAGCACUCAGACACUUGA